GUGAAGACUUAGGAUGAGAAUGAAGUGCAUGAACGUAGUGCUCUUGUAUUUUGCUGUACAAAUGGUUGGAGCAGACCAUGGAGGAAAGCAAAAAAUUAGUGAAUCCGAUUCUUUCCUAAAAGCGUAUGAGGAUACGAAAAACUUGGAUUCUCAAAUUUCAUCAGUUACGACGGCUAAUAGGAGAGAGAUAUUUUCAUCAUAUCCAUAUACUGACUCAGGACCAGGACAUCAUUAUGGGCCCCCGCUAUACUUUCCUCAAAAGAAUUAUGGACCUCCUGACCCAUCCUAUGGAUUUCCUGAACCCAUAUAUGGACCAACCGUUCAUGGUUCACCAAAACCAAUUUUCGGACCUCAAGUCCAUCAGCAACCAAUAUAUGGGCCUCCACAACCAGCAUAUGGGACUUCUCAGCCGGUGCAUGGUCCUCUUUCAACACUGAACGGAAUACCUUAUUCUUUAAUAGAAAGUAUUUUUGAUAAAUUCAAAUAUAAACUUGACUUAUUCACAAUAGGAAAAAUUAUUCUUAAACUGGUUAUCUUCAAGAAAAUUGUUAGUUUCAUAGGUAUAUUGUGCCUUCUCUUAUUUAUACCAUCCUUGAAAAAUAAGAAUAUAAUGCAAAUGCCACAGAUGGAUGAUGAAAUGUUCAGGUCAUUUGGAAUAAACUGA